GCCAGGAGUCAAGGGGCCGGUUCUUGGUUUUCUGCAGAGACAUGAUGGAAGGACCAGGGGCAGGAGUGGAAACAGAUGGAGACUAAUUGGGAGGCUAUUUCACGUGAGACAUCUGCAUCUACUCUAUGGAGAGAUAUGAAGAUGAAGUGUUCAUGGGAAGGCAAAAUGCUGGGAUGUCAUUCUGUCUUCUAGUUCUGAUGAGGUGGAGGUAGGACCCAGGACAAUGGCUGCUGCUCAUGAUUUGGAGAUGGAGAAUGUGCAUAUGGGUAGAGACAUAGAAGAGGAGCUGGAGGAAGAGAAGAAAAUGAGAGAGGAUGGGGAAGGUAAAGAUCCCUUCAAGAACAAAAAGGUCCACAGGAUUGUCUCAAAAUGGAUGCUUCCGGAAAAUGUCCGAAGAACAUACUUGGAGAGAGCUAAUUGCCUCCCACCCCCUGUGUUCAUCAUCUCCAUCAGCAUUGCUGAGCUGGCAGUGUUUAUUUACUAUGCGGUGUGGAAGCCUCAGAAACAGUGGAUCACCUUGGACACGGGCAUCUUGGAGAGCCCAUUGAUCUAUAAUCCUACGAAGAGGGAGGAAGCCUGGAGGUUUAUCUCAUACAUGCUGGUACAUGCUGGAGUUCAGCACAUCUUGGGAAAUCUUAUUAUGCAGCUCGUUUUGGGUAUUCCCUUGGAAAUGGUCCACAAAGGCCUCCGAGUGGGGCUGGUGUACCUGGCAGGAGUGAUUGCAGGAUCUCUUGCCAGCUCCAUCUUUGAUCCACUCAAAUAUCUUGUGGGUGCCUCAGGAGGAGUCUAUGCUCUGAUGGGAGGCUAUUUUAUGAAUGUUCUAGUGAAUUUUCGAGAAAUGAUCCCAGCCUUUGGAAUUGUCAGACUACUGAUCAUCAUCCUUAUAAUUGCGUCAGACGUGGGAUUUGCUCUCUACAGACGGUUCUUUGUCCCUGCAAAUGGAUCACCGGUGUCCUUUGCAGCUCACAUUGCAGGUGGAUUUGCUGGAAUGUCCAUAGGCUACACUGUGUUUAGCUGCUUUGAUAAGGCACUGCUGAAAGAUCCACGGUUUUGGAUAGCAAUUGCAGCCUAUUUAGCUUGUGUCUUAUUUGCUGUGUUUUUCAAUAUUUUCCUAUCCCCAGCAAACUGACCUGCUCCUCAUAGAAACCAGUUAUUAAAAAAAAAGUCAUCUGGGGAAAAAAAAACACCUGGGGAACUCUAUAAAGAAACAGAGCAGUCCCAGCUAAUGCUAACAAUUUUUAAAAGAAGGCAAAACACCACUGAUGUCAUCAGUUGCAAAGACGGCUAACAAAAGGACUUGGGGUUUAAGCAAGGUGCUUCUAAAUGCAUGGGGAGGGAAGAGAAAGAGAGAAAAGGGAAGGGCAAUAAAAACCAGACUGGGUCUUUCCCAGGCUUAUGGUGUGCAUGUACGUAUCCUCUAAGAGACUUGCUCUCCUUGGAGGAUACAUUGUAGAAAUUGCUUGAUAGCAGAUAAUAAAAACUUUUCAUACCUGUGUCAGACUAUUGGUAAUCACUUUUGAUCAUUGAGUAGAUAGAUCACUGAGGUGCUUUAUGUAUUUCCCCAUGUUUAAGAUACACUCUUUUUCGAAAAAUUUGGGGUCUAAAAACU